UCGGUACCCUGACUGCGGGACAUCACAUAUAGAAAGAAGAUCUGAGGAGGGACACCAGCAGGGGGCUCGCAGAGUGGAACCGGGUAUCAAGGAUUUUCAAAUCAUGUCAUUUCGAAAGGAAUUUGAUAAGUACAAGAAUAUAAAUGAAGAUGAAAUUCUUAGCAAACUCUCGGAAGAUGAAUUAAAACAGCUGGAGAACGUUCUAGAGGAGCUUGAUCCUGAAAAUGCACUGUUACCCGCUGGUUUCCGACAGAAGGACCAAACAACUAAAGAGGCAUCUGGGACUUUUGACCGAGAACAUCUUCUGGCUUAUCUCCAGAAAGAAGCUAUGGAGCAUAAGGACAUAGAAGACUCUGUUCCUUUUACUGGAGAGAAGAAAGGGAAAGUAUUUGUUCCCAAGUGUAUGCCCUUAAAAAGCCAACCAGAAGAAAAGGUUACCCUGGAGCCAGAACUGGAAGAAGCUCUCGCAAGCGCCACUGAUACUGAACUCAGCGAUCUUGCAACCGUCCUUGGAGUGCAACAUUUUUCAAGUCGACCACAGGGUAACGACGAAUUAAACCAAGAUGGUACAGAAAGAACUGAUUUAAGACAUGUUGUAAAAGCCGAAAAGGUGAAGCCCACGUUUGAAGACCCUCCGAAUCCCACUAACGUGGAAGAUAGUUUGCAAAGGAUAAAAGCUAACGAUCCUUUCCUUGUGGAUGUCAACUUGAACAACAUCAAGAACAUACCAAUCCCAACACUCAGGGAUUUUGCAAAGGCUUUGGAAACAAACACCCAUGUAAAAGGAUUUAGCCUGGCAGCCACGAGGAGCAAUGACCCAGUAGCCAUUUUCGUCAAAGGCGAAUUGAAAGAGAUCACCAAUAGAUCAAUGGGAACUGCCAAACAUCAGGUAGAGCAGGUGAAAUGCACUACACCUGACUGUGAAAGAUGCACUAAUACAAAUGCAGUUUUUCCAGACGUCUCUUCUUGUACUCCAAAUACUUUACCCUUGGACAAGCCAAGGACUGGGAAACUCUGAGGAAAAUAAUGUUUCCCUAAAACCUGCAUUGAUCCUUGUCACGUUUAAAGAGUAACUGUUUUCUUGUGAUGUCAGAUGCAUGGUCCCCUACAGAAAUCAGUGACUCACAGAUUCCCUCCCGUCACUUUACUGAUGUUAAUGUUGCCAAGUGAUGUCAUAUGACCUUGAUUUUUAUUAAUGGAAGAAGUAGUUGAACACUUGACACUUGAGGGUUAUGUACUAAAAGUAUCACGUUCACUCAUGUUUGCGCACGUUCCAUUUUCUUAUGUAUAAAACUGCUACACUAUACCGUCUUUUUUUCCCCCCCCUCUUUUUUUGUAGUAUACCAAAAUAUUAUUUCUUUUCUACUUUUUAAUACCUCUGUUGGAAUUUUUUUCCUGUUGAUUUUAACAUUGUUUACGUUUUAUGAAUGAGUAUUAUUACGAGCAGGAAAAAAGGCGUAUUCGCAACUUGAAGGACUUUUUAUACAUCAUUGAAUGAAAAAGGACAAAGGUGAAAGAUCCUUACCGUUACAGAAAACCCGCCACUCUGACAAUGGUGGAUAAACGUGUUUUAAAUGGAAGAGAUCCAGUAAGGAAUAUUGAGGCUUAAUAAAUGUUGAAUAAAUAGGGCUUAAAUAGGGAAAGUGCCAGAAAACAGACUAAAAAGUGAACCUGAUGCUUUUUAUACAUAACCCUCUUUGUCUUACAUGCAUCUCCGCAUCAUGUUAGCAUGCUAACGACUUUGUACAUGAAUUUGUAUGUAAUAGGACACAUAUAUACAGGAAAUAUUUGCUAGCAAGGCUUAAAUGUAAAAUGAAAGCAUUAAUACAUUUUACAUACCUGAUGCCUGUGGAAGUUGAAAAUCCUGAGGAGGCUUGGCGUGAAGUCUUAACCUCCAGAUACUGAUCAAUCAAAUGAAUUGCCAGAUGC